UGCCAGGGAAAAUAUUUGCAUUAAAAUAGGGCAACGGGCGCUGCUAGAACUUCUUGAGGUGUUAAACAAUCAGAAAUUUCCCGCGUGGAAUUUGAUUCAAGCUGCUUGAAGGUGUCUGGAGGAUUGCCACUUGCUCAUCCUUGUCGUGCGUGCCCAAAUCCUUCUUGAACGCAUCCAACAUGGCCACUCGAAUCCAAGUGAACGGCGACAUGGGAUCUACUCAGAACUGGACCUUAAAUGAUCCCCUGGAAAAGGCCGAUCCCGAGGUCUUUGCCAUCAUCCAGAGAGAGAAGAGCCGACAAGUCCGAGGACUGGAGAUGAUUGCCAGUGAGAACUUUACUUCAUUGGCCGUGCUUGAAUGUAUGUCGUCUUGCUUGAACAAUAAGUACUCGGAGGGGCAACCCGGAGUGAGAUACUAUGGUGGCAACGAAUUCAUCGAUGAACUUGAAUUGGUGGCUCAAAAGCGAAGUCUGGAGGCUUUCCGCCUCUCUCCGGAUGAAUGGGGGGUAAAUGUCCAACCCUACAGUGGUUCUCCGGCAAAUUUUGCUGUUUAUACAGCCCUAGUGGAGCCCCAUGGAAGGAUCAUGGGCUUGGAUCUGCCGGAUGGAGGCCAUUUGACGCACGGAUUCUUUACGGCCAAGAAAAAGAUUUCGGCCACGUCCAUUUUUUUCGAAUCCAUGCCCUACAAGGUGAAUCCUACUACGGGAUUGAUCGACUAUGACGAAUUGGAAAGGAGUGCCUCCUUGUUCAAACCCAAGAUGAUUAUCGCCGGUGUGAGCUGUUACGCCCGGAAUCUGGAUUAUGCUCGAUUCCGCAAGAUUGCCGAUGCUAAUGGGUCAUUACUCUUGGCCGAUAUGGCUCACGUGUCGGGAUUGGUGGCAGCCGGCGUGGUCCCUUCUCCAUUCGACUAUUGUGAUAUUGUCACUUCCACUUGCCACAAGACAUUAAGAGGUCCCAGAGCUGGAGUCAUAUUCUAUAGAAAAGGUGUUCAAUCGGUGGACAAAGCCGGAAAAGAAAUCAUGUAUGACCUGGAAGAAAAGAUCAAUCUUGCUGUUUUCCCUGGAUUGCAAGGGGGACCUCACAAUCACGCGAUCGGUGGAAUUGCUGUAACAAUGAAGCAUGCCACUAGUGAUGAAUUCAAGAGCUAUCAAUACCAAGUCGUAAGAAAUGCCCAAGCUCUCAGUUCUGGCUUGCAACAGCACGGUUAUAAGAUUGUGACGGGAGGAACAGACAACCAUUUGAUUCUUCUUGAUCUUACUGACAAGAAGCUGAGUGGGUCCAAGGCCGAGAAAAUAUUGGAGGAAGUUUCAAUCUCUUGCAACAAGAACACAGUUCCUGGUGAUAAAAGUGCUUUGAACCCCAGUGGCAUUCGUCUUGGCACGCCUCCUCUAACCACUCGAGGGCUGAAGGAACAAGAUAUGGAGAAGGUGGUCUCCUACAUCCACAAAGCUUUGGAGUUAGCCCUGGACAUUCAAAAGAUAUCUGGACCCAAGUUGGUUGAUUGGAAAAAGACAUUGGUGGAGAGCUCGGACUUUCAAGAUGCUUUGAAGGUCCUGAGGAGCGAUAUCGAGUCGUUCGCCUCUCAAUUUCCUAUGCCUGGCCAUGCCACUUACUAAAGACAAUCAAAGGCCUGAAGGGGAGGCUUGAAAGGCUUGGAAGAGGACAGCGGUUUUGUCAUAUUUUUAAAUCAAGAUACGUUUUUGUAUGAGUGACCUUUUUAACAUGCCUUCUAUUCGUCGCUUGAAUCCGUUUGAAAUACAUUCUUCAGCAUAA